GAAGUAAUGCCAGUUUUAGCUGGCUAGCUAAAGACGACGAUGGAUGUGCAUCGUUUGGAUUCGAGCGUGAAGAAAAGCACAAUUUCCACCUCAGCUGUUGCUCGGGUCUGCGUUCUGUCUGUCUUUGUCCUUGCUUGAAUGGCCGGAAUUCCGGAAUCCCGCUCUCCCUAACAUCCAUUACCCGCUGUGCUUUGGUUCGCCUUACGCUGCUAUGAUUUGCGGCAAGCGUCAGGAUCUGUCUCAAUAGCUAGCAGGCAGCGCGAGGGCGAGUUGGAUUGGUCGGGUUUUUGUUUCAUAAGAACUCAAGGCUCAAGCCAGCUUCUAAUGUCGCGAAGGACGGAAGGAAUGAAGGGAGGAAGGAAGGAAUGGGUAUGAAUUAGUAAAGUUGUCCGUGUUGGCAGGCAAGGAAGAGAAGGAAUGGCACGAGAGGUGACAACAAUUUAAGCGGGAGAAACGAGAAGAUUAAGGUGAAAGGAACGGGAGGGGACCAGAAGGGCAGUGUUGGGAGGAGGGAGAAGGCGAGCGAAAUGGAUGAGGGGCAAGGAUGGACACGGAGAGAUAUAGAGGUGGCAUGCGUCGUCUCAGCAGCAGCAGGUCUUGGUGUGUAACGAACACAAGGAAAGUGGUGAUGGUGUCGAUGUAGUAGAAGUCAUGAAUGAAUGUUAGGGCAAGGCCCGGGACCUUGCGCAGAACGGGUGAGUAGGAACAGCAGAGAGAGGAUCAGUACGCUUGUUUGAUGCCCUGUUCGUCAGCAGCAGGACGUCAAACGAGUUCAUUGUAAAGGCGUUGUAACGAUAACGAAAGACUAUGAGCUGCGCUUUAUCGCGCAGAGAUUUUGGAGAAAGAAGCAGAGUCUUCUGGGCUUGAGUUGGAGCUCAGCAGUAUUAUUCGUCUCUAGAAGAUGUAUGAAAGGAGACGAUGGAAACGGGGUCAGUUGGAGAAGGCUACAAGCACGAAAUUUUUAUCUAGAAGUUGUAAAUAACUCGGUGCCUCCAAUAUACGAGCGAAGCCUUCGAACGGAGGUUGCUCCUCACGACCGGAACUAUCUCUCGAAUGGAGCUUCCGACUCUAACUCGCGCACUACUUGCUAAUCGAGCCGAGAAAGAUUAGGGCUAGCACAAGGUCGUACUCGCGGUCCGAUACCCGCCGGGCUUUCAAAAUAUGGACAUCCCUCUAGAGCGAGAAAGGCAGCAACAGCGGAAUGCGGAAAGGCUGAGGGAGAUGGCGAUGAAAAACAGAGGAGUAGUUAGAGAAGACGCUGACCGGAAAAGGAGUCUGGACCCAAGGGAGAGGCGCCUGGACAGGGGAAUCGUACCUGACCGGGGAAUGGUGGAAAGGGAGAGAAUGCGAGAGAGACCCGCCAUUAAGGAAAGAAUUGUGCUUGGAGAGAGAGAUAUGAAACCAGGAAUUGUACCGGAAAGAAUGCUGGAAAGGGACAUUAGAACUGUCGAGAGAGAUGGAGACCGGGAUGUAUCGAGACAGGUGUCUCUAGAAAGAGUACGAGUGCCUCCUCGAGAAAGAGAAGAGGAAAGAGCAGUGGAAAGAAUUAGAGAUGUCGAGAGGGACGUCAUGGUGACCGAGAGGAUUGUUGAUACCGAGAGGGAAGAGUUGCUGAAGGAGCUGGUUUCUUCUUAUAAAUCAGCUUUGGCAGAACUCACUUUCAACUCAAAGCCAAUAAUCACAAAUCUUACAAUCAUUGCUGGUGAAAAUGUUCACGCUGCCAAGGGCAUUACCUCAACUGUAUGCAACCACAUUCUAGAGGUACCUAAAGAGCAGAAACUUCCUUCUCUCUAUCUCUUGGAUAGUAUAGUGAAGAAUAUCGGUGGGGACUAUAUUAAGUUCUUUGCUGCUCGCUUACCGGAGGUCUUUGUUACAGCUUACAGACAUGUGGACCCUGCCACCACUCCUGCCAUGCAACAUUUAUUUAGAACAUGGCGUGGUGUGUUUCCUCCAGUACCUUUGCGUUGUAUCGAAGAUGAGCUCGAAAUCUCAACCUCAACUCACAGCGGUCCAUCUGUAGCAAGUCCUCCACCAAGGCCCGCUGAAAAUACCCUUCAAAGAACUGGCCACGGCAUCCAUGUGAAUCCGAAGUAUCUGGAAGCUCAACGUCAGCGACUUCAGCAGACUGGUCAGGCAGAUAGUGUUGCCCCGGAGAGCAACGGAAAUGCAGCAAUUCGUGGUACGGAAGGGCCAGCUUUGCGAGAGAGUUCCAAAGGGUGGUCCGACACCCUGGGAAAACGUCCUUCUGUGCCUGUGCCCUCACGCAGCAAACGAGAUGAGUAUAGUGAGCCUGCGUACGGACGAGACGUCCCUUUCGAUUUUGACUUUGAUGAAUUUGCUCUCGGAAACUCAAGAAAGUCAGCUCCUGGGAGAGGCAUGGAUAGAGAUGAUGCUUGGGAUCCGACAUAUUUCCGGGAGGUAGACGGGGAGAAUUUUGCGCACGAAGAAGGAAGGAGUCCUAGGGCCCGAUAUGGGGCACGAAAUGGUUAUGAUUGGAGACAGCCUCCUUCAAGAGGCACAGAAAUGGAUGGUUAUGGUUACAACAGGGGACCAGGACCAGGAAGAGGUGCCCCUUUCCGUCCUAUACAGACACCAAUUGAAGUAUCAGAGAGCAGCGGAAGAGGCCCAACUGAUAAUUGGCUGAAGACAGAUGAAGAGGAAUACGUGUGGGAGGAUAUGAGUCCUCGUCUAGGGCAGCCUCAAGGGCGGGAUGAAGAACGGAAUCUUGAAGGGCUGUCCAAGGAUGAAUGGUUUGCAGGUGAAACAGAGAGGGGCGUUACUGGGACUGAGACUGGGCGACUAAAGAGGACUAGUCUCGAUGCUGGUUUUUCUGACAAUGUCAAUUGGCGGAGGCAUGGGCCUGUUGGUCAAAUCGAGCAGGGUCAAUCUGCUGGUGAUCGACCUCCGAUUAAGGAUUUUGAUGAUCGGAGUCGAUUGCAGCCUACUCUCGGUGUUCGUGAUCGCGAAUCUGGUGGGACUGCUAUUGAACAGGGUUCUGUUGGUAGGGGAGCUUUGUCCGGAUCAGGGCCUCGAACGCACAGUGGCUGGCCAUCCCAAGUCAACAGUCCUAGAAAUCUAAGCCCUCCGAGCCAGUCCCGAGGUCGCCCAGGCCCACCUCCGCUGAGUGUACCAAAUCGCAAUAUUUCUCCUACAGCAAGGAAUCAAACUAAUUUGUUUCCGCGAGAUGGAACGCCACCUACACCAAGCAAUGGUGUUGUGCAUCCAGUAAGUACUAGUAGUCAUUUUGAAUCUCGACAGAGUACUCGUUCAAGUGCGGGUAAUUUCACAGGCUCACCAACCUACAACAAUAUCUCCCCUGUGACACCCGUUUCUGGCAUCCCUUUUCAAAAUCGACAGCAGUCUCAUCGGCACCCAUCGCCCCCAAGCCAACUUCCCAGUCACCAAGUUCAGAUCCACCCAAUGCCCCAGCUUUCUUCUUCUCAACAGCAGAAUCAGCCCCCUCAGAUACAACAAUUGCAGCACGAUCAGUCAGGCCACUUACAGCCUGUUAGGCAUCAACUUCAAGGUUCCGCCCAACUGCAGAACCUAGGCCCACAGUCUGGAGCUCCUCAGUCUCAUCCUUUGCAGCACAUAACUCAAUCACAGGUGACUCCAUCUUUGCAGCUGAAUGCUCAACAAUCAGUCCAACCCUUACAACAUCUAACUUCUCAGCAUGUCGUACCCCUCCAACAACCUUCACAGCUGCCUGGGCUACCACAACAGCAGAGUACAUCCCUACAACAAGCAUCGGUUUCCGGGCAUCAUCAACAACCUCAGAGUCAUCUAUUGCAACCAGUUACUCAGCAAUCUGCACCACUUCUACCUAUGAUAUCGAGCCAACUCGCACAGUCGUUGCAACAACUUGCACAGCAACAGCAGCAGCAACAACAAUCACAGGCCGCACCUCUGCAGCAGCAGCCUCAGUCACUCGGCCUGUUAACUCAAGUCUUAGCUCCAGUAGCUAAUGGAACGUCAUCAGGAUCGCUCCAGGCUUCUCAGAAUCAGAGCUCCAGCAAUGAUUUACUGACAGCUAUAUUGCAGUCAGGUCUGAUUCCUCCAUCCCAAAGUGCUUCUGUACUAACUCAACCACAACUUGCUCCUUCUCGAGCGUCUUCCACAUCUGUGCAGUCUAAUCCUUCUCAGUCAGCUUUUCAAGGGCAACCUCCUCUACCUAGUGGCCCCCCUCCGGCACAGUUCUCAAAUUCGGUCGUAUUACCUGCAGCUGGAGCAGCUGUGCAGGUAUCGAACCCUGCAUCACAAACACCGGGCACACACUUGAACACGUUUGCUGUUCAGCCCUCUAGGUACAACCCACCUCCUCUACCUCCUGGACCCCCUCCUGCUUCCACCAUCGUAGGAUCUGCAGGUUCACAGUCCACUCCAUCUGGAGGUCUUUCGUCAUCAAUAUCUUCUCUUCUGUCCUCUCUCGUAGCACAUGGCGUCAUUGCCCCUGUUCCAGCCCCUUCGUUAUCAGUUCUUCCAGUUUCUACUCCACCAUCCCUGCCUGUCCCAGCAUCUCAAGUUAAUCCUGCCAUCGGGCUUGUAACUAUGGGCGUCCUUCCUACGCCCCCAGUGAAUGCGCCUAUAUCCGUCGUACCGGCGCCAGUAUCAGCUGCCGUUGUAACCCCUCUGAUAGUUGCGGCUGUUCCUAAUCAGGAACUUCCUCCGAGUCCUCCCACCUCGAAAAUCGAGGCGAUUGGAACGGAGUUUAAACAAGAAAUUCUUAGAGAAAGGCAUGAGUAUGUGCUUGAGGCCCUCUACUCUGAUUUUCCAAGGCAAUGCAAAACAUGUGGAUUAAGGUUCAAAGCUCAGGACGAACACAGCAAGCAUAUGGAUUGGCACGUUUCAAGAAACCGGAGACAGAAGUCUCAGAAAAAGAUAUCCCGGAAAUGGUUUGUUAGCACCAAAGAGUGGCUCAGUGGAACGGGGGCAGCUGCUUCUGAAUUUGCUCCAUCCUUUUUUGCGGAGGAAUCGGGAGCCAAGGAAGAAAACGUAGAGGUUGUAGCAGUUCCCGAAGAUGAAAAUCAAAGCGCCUGUGCACUAUGUGGAGAGCCUUUUGAGGACUUUUACAGUGAUGAGACAGAUGAAUGGAUGUACAAAGGAGCGGUGUAUUUAAAUGUUCCUCCCGGGGGAAGUACUGAAGGUCUGGAUAGCUCUGCUUUGGGUCCCAUCGUGCACUUGAAGUGUAAGACUGAGUCAGCGGAAACUGCCACUGCUGAUUUUGCGGAAGAUGAUGAAGAGGUGCAGCCGGAACUUCAGGCUGCAGAUAGUGUGAGGAUGGAGGUUGAUGGAAGCGGAGACGACAGCAUCAUGCCUUUACUCACCGACAAUUUUGACACAUCAGAAAUCAAGGAAGAACGAGAUGAUAUCGGGAGUAGGAGAAAACGCACUCGAUAUUAAGAAAGAAAUGUUGGUGCAAGCUGGACAUUGUAAAAGUACGGAUACAAAGGUAGAGUUUUCUGGUAGCAAUGGUGAGCACUGACUUACACACUGAAUGUACUCAAGAGAAGAGAGUCAAAAAGUUUUCUCCCAUUGGAGUUCCAUUAAAUGAGGUCGCCUGUCAACUGUAAGGUCUCUUUGGUCUCACGAAGAUCUGACGAGCCGUUAUCCUUCGGUGGUUUAUUGCUCCUAUUUGAGUAUCUUUCCCUUCAUUGUAGAUUUGUGUGAAUUGCAGAUGUGAUUCUUUGUGUUUAAUGGAAAAUCUUCGAUGUAAGUGAUGCACUGACUCAGGACGUACAAAUUUCUCUUUUUUCGAUGUAAACUCUUCACGAGGUUCUGACAUCUGCAGACACUACUGAGGAAAUCUGUUGAGAAGCGCUUUGUUGCUAGGCAGCUGAGUAGUCUGACAGUAGCAGCUCGAGUGGAGACAGUAGGAUCAGAUAUAUUAGUUCUUCUAGGAAGUGAUCAGCAUUUGUCAAUUGUAUUAACUCUUAAGUUUUCCAGAGCUCUCUGUAUUGACAAGUGGCACAUUAGUAGUUAUCUCCAUCCCUCAAUUAUGUCAACUUACAUUGGACUUAUCUGAAGGCAUUCCAAGAAGAUGAGAAGCACUGUCCUGACCAGUCGGUCACGUUUAUGCUUAAUUUUUAUUUUUGUGG